AUGAAAUUUUUAGUGGCGACCAUUCUCCUCGGGGCGCUUUUCCGGUUCGCCGCGGCCACUCCAGUGUUUGAUAUGCUCCCAGCGCUCAAAUUUGUGCCCUUCGUGAACGAGCUUGCUGAUCGUACGGGCGAGUCGGCAAGCCAAGCCGCCAAAUCUGAGGCUGUUGACCCCCAGUCCGGGGCUGUUGAAGCAAUCAAUUCUGAGGCGUCAGCCAGUGAUCCGUUCAACUUAGCUGAAGUCUAA